AUGUCAAAGAUACCAAGAAGUUUUAGACUAUUAGAAGAGCUAGAAAAGGGAGAGAAAGGAUUUGGUCCAGAGUCCUGUAGCUAUGGGCUAGCGGAUAGCGACGAUAUCACAAUGACAAAUUGGAACGGUACUAUCUUAGGCCCCCCUCAUAGCAAUCAUGAAAAUAGAAUAUAUUCAUUAGAGAUUGUGUGUGGACCAAACUAUCCGGAUGAACCACCAAAGGUAAAAUUUGUCUCAAAGGUUAAUCUCCCCUGUAUUGAUGACAAGACUGGUGAGAUUAAGGAAAAAGAGUUCCAUACUCUUCGUGAUUGGAAAAGAUCGUACACUAUGCAAACUGUGUUACUUGAACUAAGAAAAGAAAUGGCUCUUCCUGCUAACAAGAAGCUUCCACAACCUAAGGAAGGCACUACUUUCUGA